AUGGUCGAUUGGGUCGUGUUGCUGCUGAAGGCAGUCCACAUAUACUGCUACUUGAUAGGGUUAAGUAACUUUGAGUACGAUUGCCGAACAGGACGCGUAUUUACAUCGUGGCGAUGUACUAUCUACGCCUUCAUGGCUAACAUCCUUAUUUUGAUUACAACAAUUUAUCAUUUUACCGCUCACAGUAAUAACAAUUUAAUUUUUCAAAGCGCAAAUAAGCUGCAUGAAUAUGUUAUCAUCGUAAUGUCCGGCCUAAAGAUCGUGGCGGGGCUCAUUACGGUGCUUAAUAGAUGGCUUCAGCGUGGCCAAAUGAUGCAGCUAGUGAAAGACGUUAUCCGUUUAUAUAUGAUCAAUCCGCAGUCGAAGAGUAUGAUUCGCUGGGGAGUUAUAUUGAAAGCUUUCAUUAGUUUUGCAAUGGACCUCUUUCAAGUAAGACUCUCCGUGGAUGCAUUGGAACGCCAAGGAACAGCCGAUUUGAUGGGCUUGUUUGUAAAAUUGUGCGUUUCGUUCAUUAUGAAUUUGGCCAUAUCCCAGCAUUUUCUGGUAAUGCUUUUAAUUCGAGCACAAUAUCGGAUUAUUAACGCAAAGCUGCGAAAGGUGAUCGAGGAAAGCAGGAAUUUGAGUUUCCUGCAGCACCGAAAUGGAGGCUUUAUGACGAGAUGCUGCUAUCUAUCUGAUCAGUUGGAAGAUAUAGGCGAGGUCCAGAGCAAACUACAAUCGAUGGUGGGUCAACUGGGAGAGGUAUUCGGCAUGCAGGGGCUUAUGGCUUAUAGUGGAUACUACCUAUCCAUUGUGGGCACAUCUUAUAUGUCAUAUAGCAUAUAUAAAUAUGGACCGCAAAAUCUGAAACUGUCACCCAAGACCUCGAUCAUCGCCUGCAUUUGGAUUACCUUAUUUUACCUUGAUGCCUUGGUCAAUUGCAACAAUAUGCUAUGUGUGUUGGACCAUCACAAGGACUUUUUGGGUCUAUUGGAGGAACGAACUGUGUUUGCUUCCAGCUUGGACAUUCGACUGGAGGAAUCCUUUGAAAGUCUUCAGUUGCAACUGGCUCGAAACCCAUUAAAAAUUAAUGUAAUGGGUAUGUUCCCUAUCACGCGUGGCUCAACUGCGGCUAUGUGUGCUUCUAUUAUAGUGAAUUCAAUUUUUCUAAUUCAAUUUGACAUGGAAUUCUUUUGA